CCUAAGUGAUGAAGAGAAGAGGGAGAAAUUGAAAAGGAUCAGCUGGAAAGAUUUUGCCAGGUACACAUCUGGAAUGGGGAUUUGGAAGAUUUUGGGGGGACUCAUCAUCUUUGCAGCUAGUUUUGGCUUCAUCAAGUCUCAAAGAAUUGUCUGCAGGGAGGCCUCUGUGGGAGAUGUUGUGUUUCUGGUGGACACCAGCAUCAACCCCCAACAUGCCCGCAGUGUGCGGAACUUUUUGAGCAUCCUGGUAAAUGGCUUCAAUGUCAGCAAAAAGACCAUCCGCGUGGGCCUGGCCCAGUACAGUGAUGUACCCCAUUCAGAGUUCCUACUUUCCACCUACCACCGCAAAGGUGAUGUGCUGAGACACAUUCAGAGGCUUCAGUUUAAGCCUGGGGCCAUGAAGACAGGCCUGGCCUUGAGGUUCAUCCUAGAUCACCACUUCCAGGAAACAGCGGGGAGCCGGGGAAGUCAAGGGGUGCCUCAGAUUGCCAUGGUGAUCAGCAAUGGCCCAGCUGAGGACCACAUCCAUGAACCUGCUGAGGCAAUUAGGAGGGCAGGCAUCCUGCUUUAUGCUGUUGGAGUCAAAGAUGCUGUUUGGACAGAGCUCAGGGAGAUGGCAAGUAGUCCUAAGGAGAAAUUUGCUUCCUUUGUUCCCAGCUUCUCUGGUCUGGGCAAUCUCGCCCAGAGGCUGCGGCAGGAGCUUUGUGACACUUUGGCAAAGGCUGGUCAACCUGUUGAACGUGUCUCUCCAGCUUGUGGAGAAGCAGCUCUGGCAGACAUUGUAUUCCUAGUGGACAGCUCAACCAGCAUUGGACCCCAGAACUUCCAGAAAGUGAAGAACUUCCUUCAGUCUGUUGUCUUGGGGCUCGAUAUCAGCAGUGACCAUGUCCGAGUGGGACUUGCCCAAUAUAAUGACAAUAUCUACCCAGCCUUUCAUCUGAACCAGUACCCUCUGAGGAGUGUGGUCCUGGAGCAGAUCCAGAAUCUGCCCUACCGCACGGGAGGCACAAACACAGGGAAUGCUCUGGAGUUUAUCAGGACCAACUUCUUGAUGGAGGCAGCUGGCAGCCGGGCCAAGGACGGGGUUCCUCAGAUAGUUAUUCUGGUGACAGAUGGGGAGUCAAGCGAUGAAGUCCAGGAGGUAGCUGACAAGUUGAAAGAAGAUGGCGUUGUUGUGUACGUGGUAGGAGUCAAUGUCCAGGAUGUUCAGGAGUUGCAAAAAAUAGCCAGUGAGCCAUUUGAGAAGUUUCUCUUCAAUACUGAAAAUUUCAGCAUCCUACAGGAUCUCUCAGGGAGCAUCCUUCAGACGCUGUGCUUGGCAGUGGAGGGUAAGAUACAGGAAUCCACAAAGGCCUAUGCAGAUGUGGUGUUUCUUGUCGACACCUCUCAGGGCACAUCACAGACCAGUUUCCAAAGGAUGCAGAGUUUCAUCUCCAGAGUGGUUGGCAUGCUAGAGGUUGGAAGGGAUAAAUACCAGAUUGGGCUGGCUCAGUAUGGCGAUCAGGGUCACACUGAAUUUUUGCUCAAUACCUACAAGACCCAGGAUGAGAUGAUUGCUCACAUCCACAAGCACUUUGUGCUCAGGGGUGGCUCUAGGAGAACAGGAGAGGCUCUGCGGUACCUUCAUCAGACCUUCUUCCAGGAGGCAACAGGAAGCCGGUUUCUCCAGGGCAUUCCCCAGUAUGGAGUGAUCAUUACCACGGGCAAGUCUGAGGAUGAGGUUUGGGAGGCCGCACAGACACUGAGGGAGAAAGGCGUGAAAGUCAUGUCUGUGGGUGUGCAAGACUUUGACAGAAGAGAACUGAAUGGCAUGGGGACCCCAUCCCUUGUAUAUGAGAUGCAAGGAGAAGAUGGAGUCAUACAGAUGCUGCAGGGUGUGAGUGGGGUGGUGCAAGGAACUCAACAGCCGGAGUUCAGAACUGAGGCCAAGGAGGAGGCUGUAGUAGCAUGUCCAAACACUAUUCCGGCUGACUUAGUAUUCCUCGUUGAGGAAUUUAGCAGGGUUGGGCAAUCAAAUUUCCAACAGGUGGUCAAUUUCCUAAAGACCACUGUCAACUCUUUAGCCAUUCAUCCUGAUGUUGUGAGAAUUGGCUUGGUCUUCUAUGGUGAGGAACCACGACUUGAGUUUUCUCUGGAUACGUUCCAGAAUCCAGCCCAAAUCUUGGAGCAUUUGGACAAAUUAACCUACCGGGGAAGAGGAGGAAGGACUGAGAUGGGCGCUGCUCUGGAUUUCCUAAGGAACAGUGUUUUCAUUGAAGAGAAGGGCAGCCGUUCCAAACACGGCGUGCAGCAGAUAGCCGUGGUCCUCAUGGAAGGCUUCUCCCACGACAACGUGUCCAGACCGGCUUCUCUGCUCCGCAGGGCGGGGGUUACCAUCUAUGCAGCAGGCACCCAACUGGCCUCCCAGAGUAAGGUCUUGGAGAAAAUGGCCUCACACCCUCCUUGGAAGCAUGCUAUCUCCCUGGAAUCCUUCCUGCAACUCUCCGUCGUAGGGAGCAAGAUUAAGAACCAGCUCUGUCCUGAGAUUGGGGGCAAAAGAAUUUCCGUUUCUGGGAUGAGCUAUGCCUUAGAGGAAGGCUGUGUGCAUAUCGAGAAGGCAGAUAUUUACUUCCUUAUUGAUGGGUCUGGCAGCAUCAACCCAGAGGGUUUUCUUGAAAUGAAGACGUUCAUGAAUGAGGUGAUAAAGAUGUUCCAGGUUGGACCCAACAGAGUACAAUUUGGAGUUGUUCAGUAUUCACAAGAAAUUGAGAGUCAAUUUAUUCUCAGCCAGUAUCCCAGUGUGGCAGAGCUGAAGGAGGCCAUUGACGGCAUCUGGCAGUUGGGAGGUGGCACCAUGACAGGUCAUGCCUUGAAGAGCAUGAAGCAGGUCUUUGCAGACACUGCCCGCAGCAACGUGCCUCGAUUUCUCAUAGUCAUCACUGAUGGUGAAUCCAAUGACCCCGUGGCUGAGGCUGCAGACGGAUUGAGGGGAGAUGGAGUCGUCAUUUAUGCUAUUGGAGUAGGAAAUGCUAACAUUAAUGAGCUUAAUGAAAUAGCUAAAGAGAAGAUAUUUUUUGUGUAUGAUUUUGAUUCCUUGAAGGCCAUCCAACAAGAAGUGGUUCAGGACAUCUGCUCUUCAGAGACCUGUAAGAGUAGGAAAGCUGACAUUAUCUUCCUGAUUGAUGGUUCAGAAAGCAUCUCCUCAAAUGACUUUGAAAAGAUGAAGGGCUUCAUAGAGAGAAUGGUGAACAUCUCUAACAUUGGUGCUGAUGAGGUUCAGAUUGGCCUUUUGCAGUUCAGCUCAACUCCCCAGGAGGAAUUCAGGCUCAACCAGUACUCCUCCAAGGAGGACAUUCGCAGGGCCGUCUCGGCGGUUCGGCAAAUGUAUGCUGGCACCAUGACUGGGCAAGCCCUGCGUUUCACUCUGCCGUAUUUUGACAGUUCGAGAGGAGGGAGACCCAGUGUCCAUCAGUAUUUGAUUGUGAUCACCGAUGGGGUUGCCCAGGAUAACGUAGCAAUACCAGCCAAGGCCCUCAGGGACAGAAACAUCAUUAUUUUUGCCAUUGGGGUGGGGGAAGCCAAAAACUCUCAGCUUUUGGAGAUUACUGGUAACCAGGACAAUGUGUACUAUGAAGAACAAUUUGAAUCCCUUCAGAACAUGGAGAAGAAAAUUCUUUAUAAGGUCUGCAGCCCGCAAGGAUGCAACGUGGAUUUGUCUGUAGGAAUUGAUAUCUCAACCGCCACUGGGCAAGUUCAGCAGAAGCUUCAAGGGUUACUGCCACAGCUGAUGCAACAGUUGACCUUACUUUCCAACAUCAGUUGUAGUGGUCCUGGCCAGAUCAACACGAGGUUCCGCUACUUGGUUCCUGGCCCAAACGGCCAGCUUAUCUUUGACUCUGGCUUUGAUAAGUACAGUCAUGAGGUCAUCCAGAAGUUCUUGGUUCAUCAGGCUGCCAGGAACAACCGUAUGGAUGUGGUUUUUCUGCAGUCCCUGGGAGAGAAUGCUAUCCAUCUGGCUUCUGCUACAGUGAAGGUCCUUUUAGUGUUUACAGAUGGACUGGACGACGAUUUAGAGAGACUGAAGGAAAUAUCUGAGCUUCUCCACAGCAAAGGAUUCUCCGGACUCCUAAUCAUUGGUCUGGAAGGUGUGCAUAAAUUAGAAGAGCUCCAGGAGCUAGAAUUUGGCAGAGGAUUUGCAUAUAAGCAACCUCUGAGCAUCACACUGCCAUCCCUCCCAAGCAUCUUACUGAAGCAACUUGACACAAUUGUAGAACGAACAUGCUGCAAUAGGUGCGGGAUAUGUUUUGGAGAAGAUGGGUACAAAGGUGAUGAUGGGGGCCCAGGCAGGAAGGGAGAAAAGGGUCCUGAUGGAUUACCUGGUUAUCCUGGUGAUGAUGGUGGGCCUGGAGAAAGAGGCCCUCGGGGUCUUCCUGGACUCCGAGGUGAGGACGGAUGCCCUGGAAUAAGGGGAUCUAAGGGAGCAAGAGGAUAUUCAGGAGAGAAGGGUGACUCUGGUGAGGCAGGUGUUGAUGGAUUGGAUGGAGAACAGGGUAAGCGUGGAGUCCCAGGGCCAUCUGGAGAAAAAGGAAGUAGAGGAAAUCAGGGCUUGCCAGGCCCCCCAGGACAACCUGGAGAGCAUGGAGCACCUGGCUUGAGGGGAGAUCCUGGGGAUCCUGGAACUGAUAGUUAUACCCAAGGCCCUAAGGGAGAGAAAGGAAGGCGUGGGCAUCAGGGAAGUUCUGGUUUCGAAGGACCACAGGGAGAAACUGGAAACAUCGGCCCUAAUGGGCCAAGAGGAAGACAAGGUCUGCCGGGGUUGAAGGGUGUGCUUGGAAUAGCCGGUGAACUGGGUUACCAAGGAGAGCUUGGACAUACAGGCUCACAGGGACCAAGAGGAAGACGAGGAAUUCCCGGAAUUUUUGGACCAAAAGGCUUACAGGGCACUCAGGGGAAUCCAGGGUUUCCAGGCCCAAAUGGUUCUAAAGGAAAAGCUGGGCCAAGAGGAGUGAAGGGAGAGCUUGGUGAUGUAGGAGAAAGAGGCCCACGGGGACAUCCAGGACCAAGAGGACAGCCUGGUCGUCUUGGUCCAGAUGGAUAUGGACAUCCAGGAAGAAAAGGAACAAAGGGUGAAUCUGGAUUUCCUGGAUAUCCUGGUGCACAAGGAGAAGAUGGUGACCCGGGACACCAAGGAAACAAGGGGGCAAAGGGAAUCAGAGGGAAAAGGGGUAAUUCUGGAUUUCCUGGAUUUGCUGGUACUCCAGGCGACCAAGGCUCACCAGGACCAAGGGGCAUCAAGGGCCUCAAAGGUUUGGUAGAUAUGACGCCUUGCGAAAUUGUCAGUUUCACACGAGAAAACUGCCUUUGCUCAAAAGGUAUUUCCAAAUGCCCAGUAUUCCCAACUGAAGUGGUCUUUGCCUUGGACAUGUCAAAUGGCGUCUCCCAGUUGGAUUUUGAAAGGAUGAGAGAGAUUUUAUUAUCUCUGUUGAUGGAGAUGGAAAUAAAUGAGAGUAACUGCCCAACGGGUGCCCGAGUGGCCAUCGUUUCAUACAAUGCCAACACGGAUUACCUGGUUCGCUUCUCAGACUACAAGGGGAAGCCUGCACUCCUGCAGGCUGUCAGGAAAAUCCCCCUGGGACGGUCAUCUGAGCUGCGGAACCUUGGGGCCGCUAUGAGGUUUGUGGCGAGACAUGUAUUCAAACGUGUGCGCUCAGGCCUUCUCAUGAGGAAGGUGGCUGUAUUCUUUGGGGCAGGCAGGACCCAGGAUGUGACUUCCAUCAGCACAGCCAUACUGGAGCUCACCGCGCUGGGCAUCAUCCCUGUGGUAGUCACCUUCUCGGAAGAGCACAACCUCCCAGGUGCCCUACUGAUGGAUGGAACCUUCAGAUCUCACUUAUUUGUCUGGGAGACUGAGCAGCAGCAGGAUGUGCAGCACAUGGCCCGAUGUACUCUCUGCUAUGACGAGUGCAGACCAGCCCCUGAGUGCGGGAGGGGCGCUCCCGGGCCCCUGGCGGUGGACGUGGACCUGGCGUUCGUGGUGGACGGUUCCUACAGCGUCGGCGCAGACGUGUACCGCGCGGCCUUGACCCUAGUGGGCGCAGCGCUGGACGACUUGGAAGUGGCAGCGCAGCCCGGUGCAUCUCACCACGGGGCGCGCGUGGCUCUGGUGAUUCACACGACGCCCGGUUUCUGGCCGGGUGGGGGGCGACCACCGGUGCUCGAGGGCUUCCGCCUGACCUCCUACGGCCGCCGGACGGAGAUGCAGAGACACGUCCGCGAGGUCGCGGGCCUCCCGCCGCAGGGAGUCCCCGCUUUAGGCCACGCCCUGGAGUGGACGCUGGAGAACGUGCUCCUGGCAGCCCCGCUGCCGCGGAGGGCGCGGGUCCUCUUCGCCGUCGUGGCCAGCGAGACCAGUAGCUGGGACCGGGAUAAGUUGAAGACUCUAGCCCUGGAGGCUAAGUGCAGGGGCGUCACCCUGUUUGUGCUGGCGUUGGGUACGGGCGUGGGGGUCCACGAGCUGGGCGAGCUGGCGCGCGUGGCCAGCACCCCCUCGGAGCAGCAUCUACUGCGCCUAGCGGGGAUCUCAGACCUGGAGGUGGCUUAUGCCCGGGGGUUCAUGCGGGCCUUCCUGAAUCUCCUAAAAAGUGAUAUAAACCAGUAUCCACCCCCAGAGCUCACUGAAGAAUGUGGGGGCCCAAACCAUGGGGAUACUCUCCUGCACUCAGUCAUGCCUUUCAAGAGGUUGCCCAAACCCCAGCAUAGCAUGUCUGGCUUUGGUGAUGAUUUGGAAGCACUUGAAGCAACAGAUUUUUUCCUAGAGGAAGAAAGCACAGCCAUGAUGACAUCUGUAACUCAGCAAGAAACACUUAAAAAUCAUCAUGAAAACAAUGAAUAUGACACUGGAGAAAAUGAAGAAGAAACACAGGCAAAACAAGAAGAAACUAGAAAAGAAACAAACUCAGGCUCUGCCUAUGGUCCUUGUUCCAUGGAGCCAGUGGAAGGCGAGUGCCAGGAUUACAUCCUGAAAUGGUACUAUAACAAGGUGGAGCGGGCUUGCCAACAGUUCUGGUAUGGCAGCUGUGGGGGCAAUGCCAACCGGUUUGAAACCAAGGAAGAAUGUGAGGCUCGGUGUGUGCUCACACCCUGAUAGAGUUAGGCAGAGGCUUAUUCCUGUAGCCUUGCCAUAUAGCUGAUGAAACUGAGAUUACCCAUACCGGGGCAGGGUCACAUUGCUCAUAAGUGACAAAACCUCCACAACCUCAGAUGUCGACUGCUAACCCUUGAAUUUUUUCCUGUAUGUGAGGGCUUGGGCCAGAUGAUUUGUGACUUGACUGAAUUCUAAUAGUUAAAAAAAGUAACUGAAACCUUUCUGAAAGUUAUUUAAGCGGAUAAGUAGCGAGUGGAAAAGAAACUUGAACUUGACCUAUAACAUUACUUUAAAAGUUUUUUGAACUAUGUAGCAAAAGAGAAAUCAAUGCAUUCAGAGAACAAACCUGAUAUGGAAAUAAAUUGGAGAGUUGGUCUGUUUUUUACCACUAGAGUGCGGGGAAAUAGUCAAAGAGAGGGUUUGGAAAAACAGACAUCGAAUAUGAAACUUUAUCCUUACUAUCUGGUGUAAAAAUAAAGACAUUCUUUAUAACAUCCUUUGGUGAAAGACCAUAUGUGAUAUCUCUUCACUGGAUCAGUGUUAUAGUUUGUGGCAUAGCAGUUGAUGGAGAGGAAACAACCAUGACUUUUCCAUGAAACCAAUCGUUUGUAAUCAAGUAUAGUGACUCCUGUUCUUUGAAACUUGGGGAUGCAACAAUUAAGACUAAUGUUGAUGAUACACAUAUGAGACAAAGGGUCUAGGUUCAACCUAAAUGAAAAUUUUUGCAAAUACAGGGAGGAGAAUUGUGGUUUUUUUUUUUUCCCCGAGAUCUUCCUCUGCCUCACUGCUCGAUUCUCCAGGCCUCUGGAGUUGGGCCCACCUUUGGGGGAGAAUUGGGCCUUGCAUGGAGGGGGAGCUUCUGGGUAUUGAGACUACCAGGAUGGGGGCUCUCUAAGAGCACAAAGCUGCCACUGGUUGCUCCCAGGGACACAGAGUGUAGCUUGCUCUCUCACAAGUUCCUGGUUCCGUAACAAAAGCUCUGAUUCUAAAAUCCCAGUGACUGCCAAUGGGAUGGGAACCACUUGAUACAAAAUGUUCAUAGAAACAUUAAUUUUUUUAUUCUAUUUUUGUGACAAGUAUUUUUAUCUAGUUGCAAAAAGGAUGCCUCUCUUCAUUGUAGACAAUGUGCAAAAUUUAGAUACACACAUGUAGAAAUAAAGAUCUCCCACAAUCCAUUCUUCCAAAGGUAACGACUUUAGUGUACCUAAGAUUUUCCUAUGCCUAGGCAUGCUUCUUUUUUGUUUUUCCUC